AUGUUGAAGUUUUUCAAAAGAUCGGUUAAAAUCUGUUUUAGUGUUGAAAAGGGUUUUUUAACAAAAAUAAAAAAUACUCCGGGCGAAAAGAAACAAAAUGAGAAUAAAAAAACAGAACCUAUUGAAAAAUCACAUCAGCUGAAGAAUUCCGGCGAUGAAAAGAAGAUGCAUCAUUUUCACCGCUGGAAUGUGUUUCCACAACGAAAAAAAACUAAAAUGUUCUCGGAGCCCAGCGAACCAACAAUCAGGCGGCCAGAGACUCCCACGAUGAAUGGAGAAGAGACGCAGAGACAGAGAGAAAGGAGACUGGAGAGUGUUCUGAAGUUCGUUGAGGGAACAGAGAUGAACGAAUUUAGGGGGAAGAUGACGUGGCAAUUGGUGAUGAUGCACUUAUUGGAAGUCGUUAAACAAACAGGAAAUAUCAAUGCGAACACAGAUACAUCAAUUAAAGUCCAUCAAUUGGUAUCAUCUCGUGAGAAAAAGAAGAAAUAG